AAACAUUUCAACAUGAAACGAUUCAAUCCGUUUGUUAUUGUUGUGUGCACCUUGCGCGGUAUGACACACCUUUCUCUACACAUCUUGAGCCCCCCACGGACGGCGAGUUUGACAGUUGUUUGUUUUGAAACGGCACCGCGUGGUGUGGUGUUUAUUGCUCGGUCGGCUUAAUUUUCUCAUAAAUUCCCUUAAAAAAACGUACAAAAUCCCUUCCUAACACACGCCACACAUCAAAAUGACGACAACUCCGGUAAAGCGUAAGUUAAAAUCGAACGGUGUUGAGUGUCCAGUGCAGAAGAAGAAACCGAAACCGACCAAUGAAGCGACCGGAGAGAACCACGCGGUCAAGAAACCGAAGAAACCGAAGCAAAACGGAACGCCGGGCGGCGAGUCAUCGACGGAAGCUGCCGGUGGCGCGAAGAAACCGGCCCGAAGAAUGGUGGCGGGAGGAAAAAGUGCGGGGAUGAAACCGAGGGGCCGGCUGGUGUCGCAGGUGUUUAGGAAACGGAACCGCAUCGGGAAACCGAACGGCGGGUAUGUGAAUCCGAACAGCAAGGAGAAAUUGAGUACCAAAGUGGCGGAAAACUUCCGCAAGGAGCUGACUACCGGAACGAUGGCAAUGACUGCCAUUCGAAACUUUCUGCGGGAGGUGUACGAGAACCGGGAAUUGCUUGGGUACUACCUGCGGUGUGGUGGAACGUUGGUGCCGCUGAUGGAGGUUCUGUCCUCCUGCGAGAAGGAAAAGCUGACCGACAUUGCCGACGUGCUACACCUGAUUCAGCUGGUGAUGCUCCAGUGCUUGGAUUACGAUGAAACGCACGCAAAAUACGCCGUCAAGUGUGUCCGAUCGAUCAUGACCAACUACCAACCGGUUGUGUGCAGUCUGCUACAGGAUCAGGGCGAGCAUGCGAUGGCCAGCAAGGCUUCGGCAUUGCGACUCCUGAGGGCGAUCCUGCUCGUCGACGCAACGACACACUGGCGCGAUGUGCUGCGGAUGGUGGACACGUGCUGCGCGAAGAUGACGAUAGCCGAGUACCGGGAGUCGGUCGCCAAGCAGGAGGGCUACAUCGGCAACUCGGUCCGGUCAGCCUUCAUCGAGUUUAACCUGGCGUUUCUCAUCGAUACGCCGACGCAGCUGGUGCGCUUUUGGCUGGCCCGUCCGGCCCUCGUGCACCCGCUGGCUCUGAACCUCGUGUUUGACAGUGCGGAAAACGUGAUUCUGGUGAUGAGCACGCUGAAGAAGUACGUUCUCGACAACCCCGACAUGGACAAGUACAUGUACCGGACGGCCUUCACGACGGACAUCCUCAAGGCGCUGGUCAAAGCGUACGAGUGGGUUGGUCCCGAGAAGCAGAUCACUCUGGAAGGGGCCAAGCAACGUGUGCUGAGCGCGGUGGAAACGUUCGUGCUGCCGCUGCUUACCUCUCGGCGGUACUUUUUGGUGCCCAAGUCGAUUGAGCUGGACCGGGCAAGCCCUCGGUACCGACAGCUGCUGCAGGACCUGAAGCACACUCAGCUAAACGAACACCAGCGCCGGCUCGUGCUCGGUAUGCUCGAGGUGUGUCCCGAGGUGCUGCCAGCAACGCUCGACAUGUACGGCGGCCUGCUAAAGCUAAACUCGGAAGAAGUCCGUACAAUGCUGCAGAGCAUGCUGACGCUGCACAAACCCGACGAGCUGAUCGCGAAACUGGACGAAACCGUUUCGGCUAAAACGCUUGCAACGUUCGUCGUGCAGACCACACUGCCACGCUCGAUGCUCGAGCACAUCAAUGCAGCCCUGGACACGCGCAAGGAGAACAUCCCGCUCUACUUCGAGCUUCUCUCCAUCAUGGUGUCGCGCUGCGAGCAAUACCUGCAGGCGAUCGAGCGCCGCCCGCUGCUGGACCAGUUCGGCCGCAAAAGGGUGAAGGUGGAAGCGAUCAACAAGAUUGUCGCCAUGUUCCCGAGCAUCGAUCGAAUAAUGGGCGCGAUGGCCACGGUACGCGACGACCGCACGAUGAAGCGCCAGGAGCACACGCUCGAGAAGGCGAUGGACAUCCUGCUGGUGUGCAUCCGCUCCUUCCGGGCGUACAUCGAGGCGUCCUCGUUCAUUACCACCUUCCGGGAUAUUCUGCAGCCGGCGUACAAGAAUCCCGUAGUCGAGCGGUACUUCCUCAACUACGAGUUCAAAGCGAUCAAGGUGGUGAUUGCGCUGGAACCACAGAGUGUAUCGUUCAACUCCUCCCUUUUCCCCUCCGCACUGACGCUGCUGGUGAAGGCAUAUCUGCGGGGUGAUGAAGCGACGCGCCUUGAUGCCACCGAACAGCUGCUGACGCUGUUCCGCAACACGGCCCUGUUCGGUAAUCGCGGCACGGAGAUAGAAUUCUGGUUCCAGGCAAUGGCCGACGUGCCGCAGGAGCAGAUGCCCGAGCUGGUAACCUAUCUGGCGAAGGAAGCGGGCAAUGCGGCCACUCAAAUCGGCCACAAAGCGAAAUCAGCGCAGGAAGUCGAUCACAAACUGAUUGACGAUGCGUUCGUGGUAAGCGCAAAGAAGCAGCAGACCGAGCUGGAAGCGUUGUUCGCGCGAGUGGAGCAGGAAACGGACGAAACGGAGACGAUGGCCGGUUCGGAUGCGGCACUGCUUGAUGCGCAGGUAGAGCUGCCGGUGGCGGACAAUUUCUUUACGCACAUGUUCGAUCGUGCGACCAGUCGGCCGCAAAAGUUUCAAAAAUACUUCGAAGCCGUCGUGUUGCGCUAUCUCCACUAUCUGCCCCAUCCCGAGAUUGUGGUUCGUGCGGUGAAAGACCUGAAAGACGGCUGCAUAAUGGGCACGAUGGUCAAGUAUGCGGAGAGCUGGGUGAAGGGGAGCGAGUGUAUGCUGCCGCAAAAGAAUGCUAUUCCAAUGCGCCAGCUCAAUGAAGCGCUGGUGACGAAAAAGCAGUUUUCCUUCAACCCGGCCGACUGGAAACGCAACAAGCGACACGUGCGCGAUGAGUUACUGAAUCUGCUCCAUCAAACCCUGUUCUAUCUCUGCCGUUAUAUUGCAUCGCGCACGCUUACCCCCGAACGCGUGCAACAAAUCAGCAUUCACUGUAAACUGUUGUUGAAACAUCUCCUCGAGCCGAACCUGCUGUCCGGCCGGGACGUUGGCGAGCUGCUGGAGGGCAUCUUUCUGCAGCGGCCGAUCAUCUUCGAGCACUUUACCAUCAUCCGGCACGAGGAUGGUUCGCUGCGCCGGCACGUGUCCGAGCUCGUGUACGAGCUGAUGCAGCUGCUGUGCGAACUUCCGCACUUUGCGAGCUACACCGAGCUGUACUCGAACAAGAUCGUGGCGGAGCUGAUGCAGGUGUCGACGGUGGAAUCGGCGACGCAGCUCGACGAUGAAAUGGCCCACAAGCUGCAGACCAUUUUCAAGCUUAGUGAGCGCCAUUGCGGUACGCUGCUGCGCCACUAUGCGCAACUGCCGGCGGAUGUGUUCGUGGCCGUUGGCAAUCAACGCACCUACCACUACCAGCAGCUGUGUCUUACGCUGCAGCAGCUGAUCGUGCGAAACCGCUGCCGGCAGGACAAUUUCCUUCCGGAGGAAACCGUCCGUGGGCUGGUGCGUGUGUACAUGGAGUGUGGCCAGGCGGAAGGCACCGGUGAAGCGAUCGAGCUGGAAGAGCUGGAGCAAGCACUGCACGGCUAUUUCAGCUUGUUCCCGCACAGCAUCGCAUUCGUGCCGGCCGAGCUGAUGGGUGUGUUCUUCGACAAUGGGCGGCGUAUCAACAAAUCGCUUGUAAAGCUUGCAACGUUCCUGCUGGGCCGUGGUGCCCAGUUUCGUGAGCCCUUCCUGGAGCUGAUCGGGCCAAACACAUCGAAGAAAGAGCUCAUGUACCCGUUGCUCAAUGUUGCCUUCCGGCAAGGUAUCCUUACUGAUGCGAUUGUUGAAGAGAAGGAGGGUAAAACGCUGCUCGGACAGAUUUACGCCACGUUCAAGGGGCAGAUCCUGAAGAUGCUGGAAAAGCCGAACAAGGCAGCCGUUAUUUAUCGCGAAAACCCAAUCGCAAGUCAGCAGCUCGUGCGGCUGUGCAUGCCCCGCAACGAGUGUGUCGAUUUCGCGCGUAAAAAGCUACGCAUCGAGGCGGUCGAAUCGUUCCAGCUGCGCGUGCUGAUGGAGAUCUACGAGGUGGCGCUGAAGGCGGCAGUUGAGGGAGGCAAUGCCAACACGCUGCAAACCAUCUACUGCAACGGGUUCGCUGUGCUGUUGCAGUGCUUUGAGGCACUGUUCCGUUCGGUUUCGUCCGCGCACUAUCUGCUGCAGCAGGAGGCGCAGCUGCAGCGGCUGAACGAACUUGUGCUCGCUGCGUACCGCUGGACAACGCAGGCGACACGCUACCACGAUGCGCUUGGGAAGGUUUCCUACGAGUCCGUCACGAAGGUUGGUCAGUGGACGACGUUUUGCAAGAAUUGUCUCAAGUUUGGAAUCGAAACGGUGCGGCUGGGCGAGAACGAUCGUCGCUUUGACGAGCGGCUGCACGUGCUGCUGAAGCUGAUGGCGCUGCUGGUGCAGCAGUUCUACGCCGAUGGGCAGAAGGAGCAGACGGAGAUCGAAAAGUACUACGACUGGGCACUGUCCCACUCGAACUUUCUGCGCGUGCUGCUAAUGCAGCACCAGUACAAGCCGAAAACGUCGCUCGUGCAGCUGCUGUACGCGCUGGCGAGCAAAAAUCCUGCCGUCGUAAGCGCGAAGCACGUGCCACUGCUGCUCGGUGCGUAUGGGGCGACGCUGACGGAUGCGAAUCGCUACCUGCUGGCGCUGCUGCAGCAGUACGAACGAUCGGGCGUCCAGAUGCACGAGUUCCGUCCGUUCCUGUGGGGCGAAACGGCCAUUAAACACUUUUCGCUCGAAUCGCGCGCAACGGCGCAGGGAGAGGAAGGAGAAGGUGGUGCGGCGGCGAAGCCACAACACUCCUUCCGUACGAACAUUAGCGAGGUGUUUUCGUUGCUGAUGGAGGACAAAAUUAUCAACCUGAUCGAGAACUUCCCCGUUUGGCGCAAGUUGGACGCGUGCUCUCAGCUCCCAGAGACCAACUUUGACGAUUUGCUGGCACAAUCAGACCCAGAAAAACGGGGCCUGCUGGUGGACUAUCAACCGACGUCCCCGGUCGAGCGGUUUGUGGAGCGGACGCGCCGACCUCACGGCAAAAAGGCGUACCAUCCGCACGGUGAGCUGAUGGAACUGCACGCACCGAAUACGGAACUGAACGCGGUCACGUACGACCCGGCCUUCCUGCUGCCGAUGGUGAACUACAUCUACUCGUCCGAACAAGCCGACAUGCUGCGGAAGGGCGUUCGAGCCGGUAUUUUAACCCUGCCCUUCCUGUGCCUUGCCAGCAACGACGAGCAGAUGCGCCUGGCCGCUGGCAGUGUGCUGUUGCGCCUUCGCAGCCACCUGGAGCUAACGAAGCGACUGACCGACACCAAGACGUGGCUCCAUCUGCUCGCCAUCGUGCAGCGCCGGUUCAUCGAGAUGUACGCGACCGCGGCCAGCUACAACGAGGACGUCCACAAGCACGGGCACGUGCCGCGCGCACCCUUCCUGUCGAUGCUGUUCAUCGCCGAGACGGUCAAGCUGCUGCCGAACGUGCUGAGCAAGCUGCACGGCCCGAUGGUACAGUACCUCAUCCACCAGGACGUGUACAACUUCCGCAUGGUGCCGAACUUCCUGCAGCUGUUCAACAGCAACGACGUCGAGCACGAUGUGCAGCGCAUGUUUAUGGUGCGCACGCUGCAGCAGGGCUUGAAGACACAUCGCGACUUUGCGGUGCUGCGCGCCUCCCCCAUCCUGCACGUGAUGAUGGCUUUCCACGGGUCCGCGCUGUCCAAUCGCGAGCUGAACAUGGCCAUCCUGGGACUGCUGAACGCCAUCGCCAAGAUACCGAAGUCGUGCCAAUUCCUGGUGGAUUCGCUCGGGUUCGUCGGGUGGCUGAGCGAGCGGAUCGACGUGAUCGAGAGCUUCGAGUUCGAUACUAUUGAAGCGUUUCUGGGGCUGCUGAGCGACUGCUGGUACUCGAUGCAGGUGAUGGCCUGCACGCACCGGGUCGUCCCUUCCCAGCAGCAUCAUUCGCCCCGCUCGACGGUGUUCUUCCAGCGCGGUAUACUGAUCCUAGUGCUGAAAUUUGUGCCGCUACUGUCGCCCCGUAGCUCGAGCACCACGCUGACGCGGUUCUUGAAUCUGCUGGAAAAGACGACUUCUACACGUCACGGCUACCAUCAUCUGAUGACGCUCGUUAGCGUCGACGUGAUGGAGCAGCUGAUGCAGUACUUCGAGGAGCUGUUUGCGGAGCACAUGUGGUGCGUGCGGUAUGUGAGGCAGUGCGGGACGUUUGCGAUCGACGAUGACGUCACGAUGGGCAGGACGCUGCAGGGUGCCGGAGUGGAUCAGACCACCAUACUGGUGCUGCUUGGGCUGAGGCGGUUUGUGGUGAGCUGGUGCCAGUUCCAGCAGGACGAGUCGGGCAUUGCGGUAAGGCACGAGCUGGAAGAGGUGGACGUAGUGAUGGAAGCAGUCAGCGAGGAAAAUGGUGAAGAGGAAAAAGAGGAGGAGCAGGAGGAUGGAGACAAUGAAGAAGAGGAAACAUAACCGAGCAGCGGGUUGAUGUUGUAGUAAGUGUACAAUUUAUUUCCCUUAUAUUGAUCUAAAAAAUAUAUACAAAUAAAAGAAUGUUAAGAUUUCAA